AUGAAAAUCAAAGCGCUCUCUCGCUCCACGGCGUCACAGCAGGCCCCCGGGUCCGCUGUCGUUCGCCAGUCGCGGAAUCUCGACCCGGCCCAGCAUCCAUUUGAACGCGCUCGAGAAUAUACUCGUGCUCUAAAUGCCGUGAAGAUGGAGCGCAUGUUUGCUGCUCCUUUUCUUUGCCAAAUGGGUGACGGUCAUGUCGACGGUGUGUACAGUAUGGCGAAGGAUCCUGGCUCCCUCGAACGUUUUGCAAGUGGUAGUGGUGAUGGUGUAGUGAAGGUUUGGGAUUUGACGACUCGCGGCGAAGUUUGGGAAACUCAGGCCCAUGAGAAUAUGGUUAAGGGUGUUUGCUGGACUCCGGAGAGAAAACUACUUUCUUGUGCAAGUGACAAGACAGUCAAACUAUGGGACCCAUACAACUCGUCGCGCGAUGCGCCUCCAAUGGCCAGCUACCUAGGAUCGAGCGCCUUCACUGGUGUUUCCCACCACCGGACUGACCCUGCAUUCGCGGCUGCGAACUCAUCGAUGAUCUCCAUUUAUGACCUUUCUCGACCCUCUUCCACACCUUCGCAGACUCUUCACUGGCCCACCAACGUCGACACCAUCACCUCCAUCGCAUUCAACCAGACCGAAACAUCGAUUCUUGCCUCGACUGCUAUUGAUCGUUCAAUCAUAAUGUACGAUUUGCGAACUUCUUCGCCGGUGCACAAGCUAGUCCUCAAGUUGGCGUCCAACGCUAUUUCUUGGAACCCUAUGGAAGCCUUCAACUUUGCCGUUGCCAACGAAGACCACAACGCCUACAUUUUCGAUAUGAGAAAGACCGACCGCGCUCUCAAUGUGCUCAAGGACCAUGUUGCGGCUGUUAUGGAUAUCGAAUUCAGCCCUACAGGUGAAGAACUAGUUACCGCUUCUUACGACAAGACUAUUCGUCUUUGGGACAGAGCCCGUGGUCAUUCCCGUGAUAUUUACCACACCAAGCGUAUGCAACGUGUCUUCUCUGCCAAAUUCACACCCGACAACAAGUACGUGCUUUCCGGAUCUGACGACGGCAACGUUCGCCUGUGGCGUGCCAAGGCUUCCGACCGCAGCGGUAUCAAGAGUGCUCGCCAGCGUAGCAAGCUCGAAUAUGACCAAGCCCUUAUCAAGCGCUACGCCCACAUGCCUGAGAUUCGCCGCAUCAAGCGUCAACGCCACCUGCCGAAGCCUGUUAAGAAGGCUGGCGAGAUCAAGCGCGAGGAACUUUCCGCCAUCAGGAGACGCGAGGAGAACGUGCGCAAGCACACGAGCAAGGCCAAUCUGAAGAAGAGACAGAAUGAGCGUGAGAAGAUGAUUCUUACUCGCGAGCAGUAA